GAGAAACUAACUUCCUUUUUAACCAUCGAAUGAGAAACUAACUUCAGCCGCUCUCCUCAGUCUGUUGUUAUCUCACCCACUGUAACCCUGCGGUGACCUGGCUCAGCUUAAGGCUGAAACCCGAGAUUUGAAAGAGGCUGCUAAGCUAACGUGUCAGUGAGGAGAAGGACCGCAGGAACAAAACUUCAAAGAUGAUUUUCCGGUUUUUAUUCAACCUCAUCAACAACCCCCAGGUCAUAGAGAAGUUGGCGGAGUCUCGUCCGAUCCGCAGGGCGGCUCAGCUCACAGCGUACGCCAUCACCAAGGCUCAGAUAGCCGGCAGGGACGCGUCGCAGCGGGCCCUGCGCUCCCAGACUCUGCAGCAGGUGAAGCAGGAGGCCAGCAGAGUCCCAGGAGACAUGGGAGAGAUGAGCAGCCGCUUCAAGAAAGUCAAGGAGACCUUUGUGAAUGAAGUGAAGGAGGGAUGGAAAGAAGGCUCAAGGCAGAUCAAGAAAUGAAGAGGACGACCCUGGAUGUAGAUUCAAGAGAGAGAGACUGGGACAUCAUCAUCCUCAGCUGACUGUGUUGAACAUCAUUAAAGAAAGUGGUGGAAAACUGCAACCAAACUAAGUGGAUUCAUGCUGAUCAGCUCACAAUCAAAAUGUGCAUUAUUGUUUUUUUUAUAAUGUAAAGAGGCCCUACAACAAUAAGUGGCCAGAUAACUCAGGAGAAUAUUUGUUUAGCUCAAUAAAUUCACUGACUUCACAUUUCUGAGAACAUGUGAACAUACGUGCUUAUUUCAUAAUUCAGGAAGUCUUGGAAAAUAAUGAGCAGAAGUUCCUCCUCCGUGAAUUCUCAAUUUAAAGUAUUCUCAAACCCUCUUGAGACACCUUUAACAGACGGCCUCAUACUGGUAGUUUCAUGAUUUCCUGACUAAAAUAUGACGUUUUUACAUCUCCCUGUAAGAUUGUUCACUGGUCUGUAUGACACAAAAUCCUGCCACAGAGCUUUAAUGGAUCUGCACAUUAAGUUGUAAACAAUUCAUGUUCAUAAAGUGUACAUAUGUAGAGAGAGAGCGGAUGUGUAUAGUCAAUGAAUUCACCACUUUGUUCUGCCUAUAAAUAAAGACUUUAAUUUAUAACAC